AUGGAAGAUCAGCGUUUGAUCAGAAUUCCACCUUUUAACUAUGUUCACAUUACUGAUGGCAACACCAUCCUUACUAGAGUCGUUAUAGGGCCUGCUUCUUAUGUAUUAAAAGAUCAUGAACAACUCAAACUUGGAGGAAAAAUCAUGAAAAUGAUUCAAAUUCCUCCUAGGAACUAUUGCGUUAUUAGAAAUCCAGUAAUUUUAGACGAGAACAGAAAAAUCACUUAUGAUGAUUAUGGGAUGGUCAAAGUCAACUAUGGCGAGCUUGAAGUCCGUACUUCUGAAACUCACCCUGAUCCUUUUCCAUUGUAUCCAUCAGAAGAAAUCGAACAUGAAAUCCAGAAAAUCCCAAUAGUCCAGCCUAACUGUGCCUUAAAAUUAAAAGCUAUAAGAGACUUUGUAGACUCAAGCUCAAAAGAAAGGCACGCAGGGGACGAGUGGCUUUGCUAUGGCCCAUGCACUUAUAUUCCUAAUAUAAAUUGCCAAAUAAUUGAAACUGUAAGAUCAUUAACAAUCAAGCCGAACUCUGCCUUAAAGAUCAGAGCUAAAAAGGAAACCACUGAUAAAUAUGGAAAUGCAAGAAAAGCUGGAGAAGAAUGGCUUAUAAGAGAAAUCGGAGACUAUCUACCUCAAGUAGACGAAGAAGUUGUUGAAGAAAUAAAAUCCAUCGUGCUCACUGAUAAGCGUGCCCUUCAUCUUAGAGCUCUUAAAUCCUUUAAAGAUAUCUACAAUAUUAACAGAAAAGCUGGAGAAGAAUGGCUCGUCACAAUCGAAAACAGCGACACCCAUAUCCCAGACAUAUACGAAAUUGUCGUUAAACAAGCUGACGCAAUAGUCCUUACAAAUAGACAAUAUUGUUAUAUACUAGACCCAUUUGAAGGUGGAAAAAACAAAUGGGGCAAAAGAGAGCUGAGAAAAGGGGAAUGCACGUUCUUUUUGAAACCUUUUGAGACUCUUGAAAGUGGAAUUCAAGAUAUUUAUGUCCUCGCUGACGAUGAAGCCUUAUUGCUAAAAGCUAAAGAAAACUAUAAAGAUGAAGAAGGGGAAGAUCAUACUGCAGGGGAGAUGUGGAUGAUUUAUGGACCUAGAGAUUAUAUACCGUCUGUAGAAGUUAGUGUGGUAGAAAGAAGGAAAAAAAUUCCUCUUGAUGAAAAUGAAGGGAUUUAUGUUCGUGAUAAUAGAACUGGAGAAGUCAAAGCUGUAAGUGGAGAAAGUUAUAUGCUGAAAUCGUAUGAGUCUUUGUGGGAAAUGGAGCUAAGUCCUGAGGUAGAAGAGCUGAUAAAGAAACAGGCUGUCAGUGAAGCUUUAUCAACUUCGAGAAGAGUGGUUAGUAAACAUGGCCAAGCACAAAUCUCAACCCCUUAUCCUUGCCUAUAUAAUGCGCUUUCUAUUUUGAUUGCAGAGUGCAUCGGCCCAGCUUAUCAACCAAUCAAUUAACUUAAAUAACUUUAUAGUUGGGGCCUUUCGUGGUGAGAUGUUUUUUCCGCCUUGUCGCUUCUCUCGGGCUCAUAUCAGGCUUCACAGUCCUAUAUAACAUUAAUAACAUUAAGUCUAUUAAUCAUGCCUAAAUUAUAGCUCUAAAAACUAUCGGUAAAGAUAAGGAGAGGGAUACAGGGUGAGUUUUGGAUCUGCGCUUGACCAAAACGUGGAGGUCGAGGUAGCUCAUUAUCAAGAACUUCAAGCCAUAGUUGGAGCCCAGUUGAAGAGCCUCCAGUAAAAGAAUACUCCCGAGAUAAAACGAGAGCUGUAACCUUUAGAGUCCCAAGUAAUACAGCAGUUCAAGUCCACAACUUCAGAACUCAAAUAAGCAGAGUUGUCUUUGGUCCUGACCGUGUUAUGCUCCAACCAGACGAACAAUUCACAGUCAUAACCCUGUCUGGAGGGAUUCCUAAAAAAGAGGGACAAAUAAAAGACAUCGCCCUUAUGCUAGGCCCAUCUUUUAUGUCUGACAUUGUAGUAGUCGAAACAAGUGAUCAUGCAAGUCUUCAAAUGACACUUUCUUAUAACUGGUACUUUGAUGUCAACAAAGAAAAUCCAAUUGAAUGCAAUAAGCUGUUCGCAAUCAAAGAUUUUAUUGGUGAUGCUUGCAAAACUAUCUUAAUCUUAAUUAUUUAUAACGCUUAAGUCCACUGCGGGGUAGCCAAUUCCAGAGCUGCCACCAUAUUUAUCCACGUGUCGGGUCCAUGGACCGUUGGAUCGACCCACUUUAAUCGCCAGGGCACGGAUAAGUACGGCGUUCCGGCUUCAACGGGCUUCGCUGCCUCCACGGCUUUAUUCCGACUCAGCUCCUACGCGUGUUCCGCCUGAGGGUCCACCUCCUCGGGUGCGCUGAGUGGUAAAGACCUAUGCUCUUGAUCGCACUGAGGAGUAAUUCCUUUGGUUAUCUCCAAAGUUAAACUGCUAUUGCUGUGCAGAAGUUCUCGAGGUAAAACCCAAUCCCAUAAAUAAAAUGCUUGAGUGAGAGAAAAUUAGCGGAGCUAAUUUCGCUUGAAGCGAAAGCCAUUUUAUUUAUGCCUGCAAAACUAUCGCAAGCAGAGUUAGAGGCUCUGUAUCUUGCUUUACUUUUGAAGAUUUCCAUCAGCGAUCUGCUGAUAUUAUCAAGGCAGGGGUGUUUGGAAAAAAAGGAGACUCAAUUAAAAAAGAAAUCAGGUUCCCAGCAAACAACUGCGUAAUCACUCAUGUUGAUAUCCAAAGCGUCGAACCUACUGAUGAAAGAACUCAAGCAAGCUUAAAAAAAUCAGUUAAUCAAGCUAUCGAAAUUACAACUGAAGCAAGCAAAGCUAGGGCUCAGCAUGAGGCUGCAAAAGCAGAACAAAUUUCGAGAAACAGGCUUGAGCUGCAAAAGGUGCAGGAUGAAAUUGAUGCAGAGCAAGAAAAAGUGAAACUUAUUGAGCUAAAAGUAAAAAAUGUUGAAGUCCAAAUGAUUGGGAAAGCCACUGGAGAAGCUUUGGCGAAAGCGAAAAGCCAGAAAAUUGAGAAUCAAAGCUUACUAGAGCAAACUGAGUUGACAGAACAAGCGAAAAAGAUUGAAAAUGAGACCGAGUUGGGUCUGCUUAAAGAGCAAUAUUAUGCUGAAGUUGCUCACCAGAAAGCUCUGGAUGAGUUAGAAAUAAAUAAAGCGAAAGAAUUAGCAGCAAUAGAGACGCAGAAAUUCCAGGAAAUUGUGGAUGCUAUUGGAAGAGAAACAAUUGUGGCAAUGGCGAAGGCUGGCCCAGAAUUGCAGGCUAAAUUGCUUAAAGGUCUUGGUCUUAAAGGAUUUAUGCUGAUGAAUUCAAAAAAUCCUAUCAACCUCUUUUCGACUGCUUCAGGGUUCAUUCAAACACCUUCAAACGCUUAA